AUGUCACUUGAUUGUUGUAACUUGACUGUAGUUUUUGUAUGUAACGCUAUUGUUGUUUUUUGCAUAUUAUUCAAUUCGGAAAUAGGAAACUUUGCAUAUACAGAUUACAUGGGAGAUGCAGACUUCGACCAGGACGUUAGGGCGGCCAGACAUUGUUGCCUUCCAUGGAGAGCGCCCUGCACGUUAGAUGAAAGUUUGGUCAGAAAGUACAGUUUUCUGCAGUGCUGCAAUAAUGGAGCUUGCAGGUAA